ACCACUGGUCUUUGUCUUUGUGGUUUUCCUAGGACCUGCAGGGCAGACGCAGCCAUGGCCCGGCCGGGAGCGGUACUGCUGCUGCUCCUGGUGACGUCAGCAGCCGCGGUCCGGUACCUCUCGCCGGACCCGGUGUCCCUCCCCGGCCCGGCUGUGCAGACCGUCUCAGCCACCUCAGAGAUCAGCUGCGGGCUCCGCUGUGAGGCGCACACCCCUCAGCAGUGUAGCGGCUUCAUCUACCGACCAGAGGACGGCACUUGCCGGCUGUUCUCUGGCGACUGCCGCGGUCCGGCCGUCAACAGCUCUCAACAGACCACCGAACGCUACAUGGCCCGAGUCGUCGCUCCUGGUUCUGCUACCGACCGAUGCGCCUGCCCGGCCGGCUUCAGCCGCUGUGCCGGCCGCUGUCUGCAGCGACUGAACACGAAAGUCAACUACACGACAGCGGAGAGCCAGUGCGCCGCGCUGGGCGCCCACGUGGCCGUGCCCCGCUCCGACGCCGAGAAUCAGUGCGCCGUGGACACGGCGGUGGCCACGGUGGUCUGGCUGGGGGUCCUCCUGGUGCCGGGGGUGGACGGCCAGUACACAGGGGUGUACACAGGAGCGGACGGCUGCGGACCAGUACCCAUCUCCCACCGCUGGGGCAGAGAGCAGCCCGACAUAGGUACAGAGGAUCGCAUAAUUCUCAGCGCACCGGGGUCCGGUCAUUGGAUCGACUGGCAUGAUAACCCAGCCAGCGCCCUGUGGCUGCCGCUGUGUCAGCUGGCGCUCGAUUAUCAGCCCGACUGUCCGUGAGGACAUCAGCCCACUCCAGAGGUCCGUAAGAACGCGUAACAACCGAUCCAGCUGUACGGGGGCACAUCACUUACCACCCAAACUGUCCGCAACGGCAUCAGUUGUCCGCAUCAACUGUCAACCCAACUGUCCGCGAGGCAGUCACUUAACGGACCGUGAGCACGUCAACUACCGACACAAAUCUGUCGAACACUUCAACUGGUAGAACAGCUAUUCAUGAACACAUUUCACAUUACUUAACCCAACUUUAUGUGAGCACAAUUACGUAAGAGUAUCAAUUACCGAUCGUAUAAUGGUGAAUGGUACCGCCCUGGCCUGGCCUGGCGGGCCGCAGGAGUAUGAGACUGGCAGAGUGCUGACCUGGGAAUAUGUGUUUGCACUAAUCACCAUAUAUCAGGCUCCAGCUCUCCUGAUGAAUCUCCUGCAACAAACUCGGCUUAGCUGGAGGGCAUCGGGAGGGAUGGUAAGACAUGCGUGAAUUAGACCAGACCUGAUUCACCCCACUAAUGUCCCCUUGUGUGAGCGUGUGUGUUUCUUCUUAACAAUGCACGAUUGAACCCUGGAUUAGCAGACAGUUUAGACUGGAUUUGGUAUAAACUAAUAUGGCUCUCUGUAUCCACUAAUCAAAUUACAGAAUAGCAUACGUAGUCAAUUCGGCUUCUUUUACGUUUCUUUCCUCUUCUUGGAGUGCCGCAACUUUUCCUUUUUAUUUUGAUAUUUAAGGCAAGGGUUCUGUGCGUCGCUUGGACUGCAAGGGUGGGGUGGGGCACGCCUGAUCAUGUGUAACGGACUAUAAAAAGUAAAAAAUAGUCGAUGUUUCCGAGGCUCGGUCUGGUCAACAGUCGUUGCUCCCGUCUUACGCCGCCUUUUUCCACCCGUCUUUUCUGAAUUAGCAGCUGCAUGAAUUCCUAUGCACAAGCCCACUGACUGAACAGGUCCUAAACCUACCCAAUACUUACUCUGCUAUCCUGGUAGGACAAGAUGUGAGACAUCUGAGGGAGUAGCCAGCACCUGCUCGAGGGAUCUGCACGCUGCAUUAUUUCUUAUUGGCGUUGAGCGAAUUCCAGAAACGAAUGAAGAUACCUAUAUUAGAUAAGAUCAUUUGGCCAGCGCGCAAGGCUAGUUCCCUUUUCGCUUUAAUAUGUCGAUCACGUGUCAAGGAUUAUGUGUGGCGCAUGUGACGAGAUCACACUAUUUGGCUUGUAAUAAACAGCUUAUGAUUUUG